GUCGUCCUCCAUAACGUUUUGUCCGCCCGACCCACGGCCAGCUCUUCCAAACUUCUUGUAAACAUGGCACGGCUUACAGCUCAACGUGUGCUACACGAGACGCCGAGUUCUUCCACGCGUGCUCAGGGGAAACGGAGGCAGAACUCUGAGGACGAGGAGGGAUGGUCAUGGGUCGGGCAUAUAGCAAAAGUUGCUACCACGGCACAUUCGCGAUGGCUAUAUGAUUAUCAGCGUUCAUUUAUGGGGCAAGGGGAUAUACGGCGACGGGCGCAGUCGUAUAGGCCUGUGGAAAGAACUUCGCUCCUCCGUGCCCUAUCGCCCAGCACGCAAUCACGCCGAUAUCCCGGUCGAUGCUCAUGGACACCGCCUGCAAAACGUCACGCUUCCUCAUCACCCGCUUUCGCACCACACGCUCCUCAUCCCAUCGCUGGCAGCACCUCAUCAGCUCUGGAUCAUUUCCGCAUCGCCGCGGCCCUGCCGGACCCUCGAUUUGACCCGGAAUCUGCAUGGAAGGCAUAUGUCGAUGCACAGCGUCACGAUCGAACGGAACGUCCAUAUCCUCAAGAGACCCUAGCUUUUGCCGAUCGACUCGUCACGCUCCUGGAAGAACGCCGGGACCCGCAGCUGAUACAGCAUUGGCGGGAACGUCUGCAUGCGUUGCUACGCGAUGUGGCGCCGGAUAUUGAGGAAUCUGCUGUCCUUCGUCAGCAUUCGAUAGCUGCACGCACUUAUGCGGCCAUCGGCGAUAUCGAUGACGCGCUCACGUACGCGCAUCGUCUCGCCCAAUUCACGACCACCGACGAGGAUCACAUCCUUGUGAUACGAACCCUCGAGAGCGUGUUGUUCGCCAGCUGGUAUUUUGACGGUCCUCGCGACGCAUUCGUGAUGAUCAUGGAGCACUGGGAUCUAUGGUACUCCUACAUUCAUUGGCGGAGAGAUCUCCAGUACUCGGCGCCCGUCACGCGGCAAGCCCUCUCAUUUCUGGAGCUGGUCUAUGACGUGAUAGAGGUCAUGGGUAGUCCAGUAACCCUGCUUCAGCAAGCAAGAUCACACUGGGACAAGCAAACACGGGACCGCGCCUGCGAACUGCUAAUACAGGUCUUCUGCCAACGGGAAAUGGGCGAACAUGCUCUGGGCGUGUUGGAUGAGAUGCAGGACCAAGGCCUGGACGCUCCCGUGCGGCUGAAAUUACGGGUCGUCCGCGCGCUUGUCAAGUCCGGCAAAUUCGAGCUCGCGAACCCACUUUUCUCCGGGAUGGCCGCAGAAGGGCAGCGAUUCAGAUUCUACCAUUCCACCGGCCUGUCUCUUUUCGCGCACCAGGGCAACGCUUCCGACGCGAUCCGGUUCUAUGACCACAUCCAUCGGUUUUUCGGAGGCGUUUCGAACGCAGACAAAGCACUCCUCCUUCACGCGCACGCCGUCAAUGGCGAUACUGAGAACGUCACGCGUCUUUUCGCCGACCUGUUCCAGAAUAGCAAGUCCUCAGCGGGGUCUCCCACCAUUUACCAUUAUACGGCGGUCAUUCUCGCACAUGUACAGCGUGGCGACUUCGAGGGCCUCAACGCCUGGCUCGAGAGGAUGUCGCGCGCGGGAAUCCAACCUGACGUCUACGUCUACACCGUCAUACUCAAAAGCUUCGCCAACAGGAAGGACGUAGACUCCCUCGCGGCGGUGCUCGACCAGAUGCACGAAGCCGGCCUUCCUCCGAACGCCGUGAGUUAUACGACCGUCGUCAAGACGCUCGCGGACCGGAAGGACCCCAUCACCGCCGAAGCCAUCUAUAAGCGGGCGAUCAGCGAAGGCAUUGUCCCAGAUUGGCGCAUGAUCGCCGCGCUCAUGAACGCUCACGUCGAAGCGGGUUCGUGGCGCGGUGUCAUUCGAGCCUUCGACUACCUCAAGCAGUCGCCAACCAGCCGAAUCUCGCUCAACAUCGACAUCUACAACACUUUGCUCAAGGCAUACGUGUUCAUCGGUGCCCCGUACAGGGUCGUAUCGGCGAUCUUUCACAAGCUCAACGAGGCCGGCCUGCGUCCGGAUCGAUACACCUUCGCCCUUCUGAUCCAGUCGGCCUGCGAUGCGAACUUGAUGGACAUCGCCAGCAGCAUCUUUGUCGAGAUGGACCGACUCAGCGAGCAGUGGCAUUCAGACUUGCACAUCAACGCGUACGUGAUGACCAUCAUCAUGGCGGGCUAUCUGCGCCGGGGCGACAAGCUGCGGGCAAAGGCCGUUUACGACGAUAUGCGUACGCGCGGCAUUCAGCCAACAUCCGUCACGUUCGGUACUAUCCUCAAAGCCUACGGCGGCGAGGGGACGGAAGAGAGUAUGAAGAUCGCCGAAAGCUUCCUAUCCAGUCUCAUGGCGGAGGGCAACGACCAGAGCUGGAUGCACAUCGAGAGAUCACGAGCGGAGGCGUUGGAGGACGUCUACGCUCCCUUGAUGGGUUCUUAUCGGCGGCGCGACAGCCCCGCUGACGUGGAGAGGUUGUUUCAACGGUUGUUGGACGCCGGCGGAGAGCCCACGCUGGGUACUCUAACCAUGCUCAUGGACGCCUACCGUCGGACCCGUAAUUUGGAGAGCGUGCAGCAGGUAUGGCCUCAGAUCUUCCAGAUGGCAUUGCGGUACUCUCGUGUGGAUGCGCUCUUCCCCAAGAAUGGAUCCGCAGGCGAGGUGCCACGUCGGCAGUCGAACGUACUCUGCGUGCCGCUCUCGAUCUACAUCGACGCUCUCUCCAUGGCCGGACAACACAAUGAGGUCGCGGGGGUUUGGCACAAGUUGCAGGUGCACGGCUUCUCCUUCGACUCGCACAACUGGAAUCACCUCGUCGUUGCCCUCGUCCGCGCAGGGGAACCGGAGCUGGCGUUUGAGGUCGUGGAACGGGUGAUCCUACCGUACCAGGACCAGGCCAGGCAACUCGCCGAGCAGCGUAACGACAAGCCGGAUUCGCCGCUAUUCUAUGACGACGCGGUGGACAGGGAGGAGACGGUGCUGGACCUUCCUUCCGAGUCCCCGUUGCGCCGGAGCAAGCGUCGUCGGGAGAUGGUCAAGAGAUCGACGCGGAAGACGCGGAACUUGCUCGAUCUCAGCGAGAACGAAGAGCAGAACUUCGAUUACGCGCAUCCACUGCACAUUUUGCAACAGGUCUCCAUCCAGUGGAACCAGUGGCGUCCGCACGGUGUCACGAUUGGUGUUCUGAGCAACGUGCUUGAACACUUAGAGUCGGGAUCGAUUGUCCAGCCAAUAAGACCGCCGGGAGAGGACCCACCACCGGUGACGGAUUCCGAACAGGAGCCGUGGUCUCGUGCCGCCAUCGCUAGAGAGCAACUCUCUCGCAUUUACAGCGACUACCCACGGACAGUGAUGGCCAUUGACGAAUACCUUCGCGCCGAGACUCGCGGCCUCCAAAAGAACCGACAUAAAAUAUCAUAAAGCGCCAAUACAUUAAUUUGCAUGAUAGCACAAACACACGCAUGGUACACAAUAGCGAAGAUCGGUGUUUCAAAGUCACCGCCAAUAAGUUGUGUCUAAUCGUAACCGUCGUCGGACCCGCCCGAGUCGGAAUCGUUGCGCUUCCUCCUGCGACCUUUGCUCUCACCAUUCUUGCUCCGCUGCAGUGCAACAUUAGUUUGAUAUGCCGUCAGUCAGCGCAGCCAGCGACGUGGCGACUCACCAGAGGCAGUUUUUGCCCUUGGUUACCGAACGCGAUCGAGAGCGCAGUAGUAUCUGCCGCAGCGAGGUGUUUGGUCAGACGCAGUGGCUUUUUGGCAGUGGGACGAGACGAGUCUAUGCUUACCCGGCACACCCGGAAAGCGCUUGGCCGAGUAGACCACGAACGGUUCCGUGAAGAUCUGUGCCAGUAUCGGUGAUACACCAGUCUGGACUUGGUAGGGGACACCCGGUAUGUUGGGCCUGCGAUCGCCACGUCAGCGCACCGGUCUGAAGUAUAUACGACGUGGGCACGGUACGCACGGUCCGAUGUGCAUGAGUCGCAAUCGGAGUCGAAAGGUCCCUGCGCACGCAAAAUCAAGGAGCAGGUUUCAGCGCACUGUGUGGUUCAUACCGGCCCAAAGACAGCGUACGUACCUUCCGUGCGAACGGAGAGGUCCUGGAAGAGAAAGAAGAUGCCCGGCUUCCGAUGCUCGUCCAGCAGGCGACACGCGUUCGCGGAGAGCGGGCCGACGAGCGUACGCGUGUAGGUAUGGCGGGGGAGCGAGGGCAUGUCGGACGCCGGGAGCGGGGGUGGGGGCGAGUUCUGCGUGCUCGCGCUCGAGGACGGCUGCUGCGGAGGGUACUGCGGCGUGUGGGUAGCACCGCCGUACACGGAGGCGGCCAUGGACGCCUCGUAGUGCGAUGCGGGUACCGGGGGCGCCGCGAAGGGCUCCUGCGGGUAGCGCGGCUGCCCGUACGCGUCGUACGGGUUCAUCCGGGGGUCGGCGGAGAUCGCGGAGGGGUACGGGUGGGAGGCGCGCAGGCUCUGGGAGGGGUCGAGCGAGAAGGGGACGGCCAUGCCAGGGGCCAGAGUGGAAUCCUGCGAGCCCCAGGGUCUGUAGGAGGGCGCCGCCGAUGGCAUAUCCCGGGAGUUUGCCCACGGGUCGACCAUGGGAAUGCCGGAAUUAGACAUCGAUGAGGAGGACGCGUUGCGCGACAUGGAAUUGAUGGAUGGGAGAACGGCACUGUUGUACUGCGAGGGAGCGCGAUCGGGGACCUGGGUGCCGUAGCCCCAUGUAUUAACUUGUGGUUGAUGCUGUGGUGUGCCGUAUGGAUUAGAGUGAGCGAAUGUAAAGGAAGACGGAAGCGCGGAUGCGGAUUGGCUUUGAGGGAACGGAUAGGCGGGUCCGUAUGACGAGUUUGAGGGCGUCAGGAUCGGGGUCACCGACGAGGACUGCUGCUGGCGCUAGAUGUUAGCCAUGCAGCAGCCGAAGAUGCGAACGACGUACCGAAGAAUCCGCUGGAGUACGUCCGUGAUAGGAUGUGUUCGGUAACGAGUCGCUAGGCACGGUAGGGCUCUCCCGGGUAGAUGGGCCUGUAUUACCGCGCCGUCGAUGCUUGGGUGUAUGGCUGCUCGCAUGCCUGUCAGCGGACGACGGAUGGAGGACGAGGUUCAUCUCCUUGUUGCCGUCUUCCGACCAAAGGUCCACGGUGACCACGAAGAAGGUGGGAUCUAUCUGUCUGCACGGUCAAAGUCGGCGGUAAGCUUCUGGGUCGGUCGCAUCGAUGGCUUGCGCGAAUAGACCUACUCGACGUCUAUUACAUUAUUGUCCUUGGUCCUCACGAUCAUCUUCGCUACCGUAGCUGGUGCUAUAGGCCGUCGAUCCUGUGAUUAAUGAAACGAUCAGAGUCAC